UGGGACAAACCCAUUUCUUUCUUGGAGUGAAUAUAAUAUUACCUUUUAUGACAUCUGAUGGUUCCUGAAAAUCAAUAAAACCCGUCAAUGGUUAACGUUUGACUGAAAGGGAAGGGAGAGUCUGGGGAAGCAGAGCAGUGCAGAGGGAGUGUCCUCCGGGGAGACACACAAGUCUCAGCAAGAGUCUCAACAGCUGAAUGGAAGAAAAUAACUUUUAACAACCAUUUUGUUAUUUACUUAUGAAAAGGAGUUUGAAUAAAGAAACCACUAAGAUGCAAGCCCGGCUGCACUGCUUGUGUCUCCUCACACUUUAUUUGACAACUGGAUAUGGCCAAGAGGGGAAGUUUAGUGGACCCCUGAAACCCAUGACUUUUUCUAUUUUUGAAGGCCAAGAACUGAGUCAAAUCGUAUUCCAGUUUAAGGCCAAUCCUCCUGCUGUGACUUUCAAACUAACUGGGGAGACAGAUGGUAUAUUUCAUAUACAACCGGAUGGACUUCUAUAUUACAACGGAACCCUGGACAGGGAAACAAGAGCUGUUCAUAAGCUCGAGGUCUCAGCCUUGGAUGAGCAUGGAGCCACAGUGGAGGGCCCGGUCACCAUCACCAUAGAAGUGAAGGACAUCAAUGACAAUCGACCCAUGUUUCUCCAGUCAAAAUAUGAAGGCUCAGUAAGGCAGAAUUCUCGCCCAGGAAAGCCCUUCAUGUAUGUCAAUGCUACAGACCUGGAUGAUCCAGCAUCUCCCAACAGCCAGCUUAUUUAUCAAAUUGUCAUUCAGCUUCCCAAGAUCAACGACAUCAUGUACUUUCAGAUCAACAACAAAACGGGAGGAAUUUCACUUACCCUAGAAGGAUCUCGGGAACUGGAUCCUGUUAAGAAUCCUUCCUACAAUCUGGUGGUCUCAGUGAAGGACAUGGGAGGCCAGAAUGAGAAUUCCUUCAGUGACAGUGCUUCUGUGGAUGUUAUGGUGAAGGAGAAUAUUUGGAAAGCGCCAGAAGCUGUGGAGAUUGUGGAAAACUCAACUGAUCCUCACCCCAUCAAAAUCACUCAGGUGCGAUGGAAUGAGCCAGAUGCACAAUAUUCCUUAGUUUACAAGGAGAUGCUGCCAAGAUUCCCAUUUUUAAUUGACCAGGAAGGAGAUAUUUAUGUGACUCAGCCCUUGGAUCGAGAAGAAAAGGAUUCAUAUGUUUUCUAUGCGAUUGCAAAGGACGAGAAUGGAAAACCACUUUCAUACCCACUGCAAAUUAAUGUGAAAGUUAAAGACAUUAAUGAUAAUCCACCUACGUGUCCAUCUACAGUCACUGUAUUUGAGGUCCAGGAGAAUGAAAAAAUAGGGAGCAGUAUUGGAACUCUUGUUGCCCGUGACAUGGAUGAAGAAAACACCAUCAACAGUGUUUUAGGAUACAGAAUUGUGGAUCAGUCCCCCAAGUCUCCCAGAGAAGGGCUCUUUCUGGUCGAACUCUACACAGGAAUGUUCCAGUUGGCCAAGCAGUCCUUGAGGAAGCAAGACAGUCCUCAGUACCACUUGACAGUAGAGGUGUCCGACAAAGAUUUCAAGACCCUAUGUCAUGUGCAAAUCCACGUUAUUGAUAUCAAUGACCAGAUCCCCAUCUUUGAAAAAUCAGACUAUGGAAACCUAACUCUUGCCGAAGACACAGCUGUUGGGUCCACCAUCUUAACCAUCCAGGCCACGGAUGCUGAUGAGCCAUUUACUGGGAGUUCUAAAAUCCUAUAUCGUAUUACACAGGGAGACAGUGAGGGACGACUGGGGAUUGACACAGAUCCCCAAACUAACGCUGGAUAUGUCAAGGUUAAAAAGCCUCUUGAUUUUGAAACAGCAGCUGUUCACAACAUUGUGUUCCACGCGGAAAAUCUUGAGCCUCUGGUGUCUGGUGUAGAGUACAAUGCCAGCUCUUUUGCUGCAUUCAAGCUUAUUGUGACAGACGUAAAUGAAGUACCCCAGUUUUCCCAACAAGUUUUCCAAGCAAAAGUCAGUGAAGAUGUGGCUAUAGGCACUAAAGUGGGCAACGUGACUGCCAAGGAUCCGGAAGGUCUGGGCGUAAGGUAUUCACUGAGAGGUGACACGAGAGGUUGGCUGAAAAUUAACCCCGCCACUGGUGAGAUCUUUAGUGCGGCUCCGCUGGACAGGGAAACUGAAAGUCUGUAUCGGGUACAAGUAUUGGCAACUGAAGUAGGUGGAUCCUCCUUGAGCUCCACGGCGAAUUUCCACCUGACCCUUACGGAUGUGAACGACAACCCCCCACGGCUAGUCAAGGAGUACACAGGCUUGUUCUUCUGCUAUCCCCUCAAAGCACCCGGCAGUCUCAUUUUUGAGGCUACUGAUGAUGAUCAGAAGUCAUUUCGUGGUCCACAGUUUACAUUUUCCCUUGGCAGUAAAAGCUUACAAAGUGACUGGGAAGUUUCCAAAGUCAAUGGAUCUCAUGCCAGACUCUCCACCAAGCACACAGGCUUUGAGGAGGGAGUUUACAACAUCCCAAUCCACAUCAAUGAUGGUGGUCGGCCACCCUUGGAAGGGACUGUCUCUUUACCAGUUACUUUCUGCACGUGUAUGGAAGGAACGUGUUUCCGGCCAGCAGGUCACCUGGCUGGGAUACCCACUGUGGGCAUGGCGGUUGGUAUACUCGUGACCACCUUUCUGGUCCUUGGUAUAAUUUUAGCAAUUGUGUUUAUACGAAUGAAGAAUAAAGGCAAAGACAGUGUCAAAAGUGCUCAGGCAUCUGAAGUCAAACCUCUGAGAAACUGAAUUUGAAAAGGAAUGUUUGAGUUUAUGUACCAAGUGCUAUUUCAGUAACACAACUGUUUAAUCCCAUAAUUUUACAUUUCAUCCAACAUGUGCACUAUAAUUUUUCACAGAUACCCUUUUGCCCUUUAAUGUUUUAUUACUCUUAGAUAUUUUGUGUGCUAUAAACAUUAGAGAUAUUUCCCAUGACACUUUUUCCCUCUGCAAAAGCCUUAGCUAUUUAUCCAAAAACAAAAUGUGUGUGUCUUUCCCCUCUAGGGAAAGAUGGGCUGAUGAGAUAUUCUGUUCAUUUUUUCUUCAUUGAGGAGGUUUGUCAGUUGUCCACCACAAAAUUUCUAGGAUUCCAUUUCUGCUUUAUCUGAUUCCAUUCUCCUUCCUCAUGUCUCCUUUGGCAUUUUGCUAAUUUUAAAACUUUUGUUGGAGAAAAGAACAAAGUGGAAUCUAAAGG